AAAAAAAAUUGCUUGCUGAAACGAAAUGGAUUGGAUGGAGCCGAUUCCAGCGUUGUUCCUCUUUAUCCUUAUGGUUUCCUUUGUUUUGAAACUGGGCACUUUCGGGGAAAAGAGCUCCCAAAACUUUCCGCCAGGUCCAAGGCCUUUACCUCUCAUUGGGAAUCUCCACAUCAUAGAUCGCAAGAGGCCUCACAGAACCAUGUUAAAGUUGUCCAAGCAAUAUGGCCCUGUCUUCAGCAUCCAAAUGGGACCCCGGAAAGCUGUGGUGUUGACAGGAUAUGAGACAGUAAAGGAGGCUCUGGUUAAUCAGGCGGACGCAUUUGCAGACAGGCCUACCUUUGCAUUAUUUCAAGAGCUUGCAGAAGGCUUUGGUGUGAUUCUUUCUAAUGGUGAGAACUGGAAAGUGAUGCGGCGGUUUGUUGUAAGCACAUUACGGGCCUACGGAAUGGGAAAGAGGACCAUAGAGGACAGAAUUGUUGAGGAAUGCAGUGUCCUGAUAAAUAAAUUUGAAUCUUACGAAGGAAACCCAUUUGAGACCACCACAAUUAUGAAUGCAGCUGUUGCCAAUAUAAUAGUGGCCCUACUACUAGACAAGCGAUUUGAUUAUGAAGAUCCCACAUACAUAAGACUUCUGAAGUUGGUCAAUGAAAGUGCCCUGCUUUUCGGAAGCUUCUCAGUCAUGCUGUAUAACAUGUUUCCUGCUCUUGAUUUUCUUUUGGGGGCUCGUAAGACUGUCAUGCAAAACAGAGGUGAAAUGUUUACCAUCAUAAAUCCCACCUUCAUAAAACACCUCAGAGAUCUGGAUGAAAAUGACCAGAGGAGCUUUAUUGACUCAUUUCUUAUCCAACAGCAAGAGGAGGAGAAGAAGAAGAAGACGAAUGCAUAUUUCCACAACAAAAACUUAAAAGCUGUUGUGGCCAACUUAUUUGCUGCUGGCAUGGAGACCACUUCUACCACACUGUGCUGGGGACUGUUACUAAUGAUGAAAUAUCCUGAAAUUCAGAGAAAAGUCCAAGAAGAAAUUGCAAAGGUUGUUGGAUCUUCUCAGCCAAGGAUUGAACACCGAACAAAAAUGCCUUAUACGGAUGCCGUGAUCCAUGAGAUCUUGAGGUUUUCCAAUAUCGUCCCAACCAACAUGCCACAUGCCACGGCUGCAGAUGUUACCCUUAAUGGCUACUUCAUUCCAAAGGGCACAUUCAUCAUACCAUUGCUGGCCUCUGUGCUGCACGAUGAAUCUCAAUGGGAGAAACCACAUAAAUUCUAUCCUGAGCAUUUUCUCAACUCUGAAGGAAAAUUCGUAAAGAGAGAUGCUUUCAUGCCUUUCUCUGCAGGUCGGAGAGCAUGUAUAGGUGAGACUCUUGCCAAAAUGGAGCUCUUCCUCUUCUUCACAAGUCUCCUGCAGAAAUUCACCUUCCAGCCACCCCCUGGAACAUCUCAAGAAGACCUGGACCUUACUCCUGCUGUUGGGUUUACAACACCACCCAUGCCCUACCAACUCUGUGCUCUGCCACGUUUCUAAGACUCACAAGCUCCUGGCUUGCUUAGCCUACCUGUGUGUGCAAUGCGAGCCUUUCUUAAAACACCCCUGUUCUGGAGGGGUAUUUGGGUUGAGUAGCCUAGUGGUGGAAUUGGUGCAUGCUUUGUCAAAAAUCUUGUGUUCCCCUUUACCUGCCAUAUUGCCAAAUCACGUGAAAUGAGCAUUGGAGCAUCUCUUACUUAAAACCUGGCCCAGUUUUCUUAUGACACUUGAGGCAUAGAGAUCAAUCAACAAAUCUGGUUGCAUGUAUUCCCAUGUUAACAU